AUGGCGGCGGGCGGGAACGCGGCGGCGGGGCGGUCGCGGCGGCUGUUCCUCUGGGACGACGGGAGACCGAUGCGGUUCUACGUGCGGCCCGGGCUGACCAAGCUGCGCCUGGCGCCCCUGCUGCUGGCGGGCGGCGGGCGGCUGUGCCGCAUCCAGGAGCCGGGCGCCGUGCUCUUGGCGCAGCCCGGCGAGGUGGUGCCCGGCGGGGCCGUCUCCGCCGAGUACGUGACGGAGUGCGUGGAGCGCAACCAGCGCCUGCCGCUGGAGCCCUUCCGGCUGCCCGCCGCGCCGCCCGCGCCGCCCGCCGCCUCGCCGCGCGGCCGCCUCGCCUUCACGGAGGCGGAAGACGCGGCGCUGCUGCAGGCCGUGCGCGGGCGGGGCGGGAGGCGGGUGGGCGGCAGGACGCUGUGGAAGGAGCUGGAGCGCGCCGGCCUGACGCGGCACACCUGGCAGGCCAUGCGCGACCGCUACCUGCGGCACCUGAGGCCGCUGCACGGGGAGCCCCAGCAGGCGGAGGAGGAGCGCGCACAAGGCAUGGGCAUUUUCGAGGCAGCGAACCGGGAGUUUGAAAGCGACGAGUCAGGAAGUGACACCUCAGAUGCUCUAGAAGAACUUCCUACACAAGUUGGAGGGGGAAAGUCUCCACGUGAAAUGGCAGCUGGUUUGAAGACUGGGAUGGAGGACUGUGCUUUCCCUGGCACUCAAUUACAAAGGGAAGACAGACCAAGAAGCACUUGCUCUUCUUCCAGUGUGGUGGGAGAAGUAGUGAAAACUAUGCAGCACUUCAUGGAAAGGUUUAACGUGGACCUGUUCACUGUUACACAGGCCUUUCUGAAAAACACUGGUGAAGUGGAGACUACAUCAUACUUUCUGCAGACAGGGCAGCGUUUGGAUGGAUACCCUGUGUGGAGCAGAGAGGACGAUUUAGAAUUGCAAAAGGAUGAUGAGCAUGUCAGAAGUAAAUUGAUAGCAAAAUUUGGAGCUGAAAAUGUAGCAAAGCGAGUAGCAUUUAGGAAAAGUUAGAUAGUAAAGUAAAUGGAAAUGACUGUUCUAGUACAGUGGCAAAAACUUAAUAAAAGCAAGGUCACUUCAGAAAUGCAAAUGUGAUGGAGAAUGUUAUUUCUGAAACUUUACGACAGUAUAUGCUUUAAAGUAACUUCUAUAAAA